GGUUUAGGCGCUGCACCGCGGCAAGAUGGCGGACAGGGAGGAGGCGCUGAGGGAGUUCGUGGCCGUGACCGGCGUCGAGGAGGAGCGAGCGCGUUUCUUCCUGGAGUCCGCCGGUUGGGAUCUCCAGAUUGCGCUUGCCAGUUUCUACGAGGACGGGGGUGAUGAGGACAUUCUGACUCUUCCCCAGCCGACACCCAGCUCUAUAUCCAGAGGCACUGCAGCCAGUGACCACAGAGUAACAUCGUUUAGAGACCUUGUUCAUGCGCAGGAGGAGGAUGAUGAAGAGGAGGAGGGACAGCGGUUUUAUGCCGGUGGCUCAGAGAGAAGUGGACAGCAGAUCGUUGGUCCUCCGAGGAAGAAGAGUCCCAACGAACUGGUGGAGGAUCUGUUCAAAGGAGCAAAGGAGCACGGUGCAGUGGCGGUUGAUCGGACGGCCAAGAGCGGUGGCGAGACUAGCAAGCCUAAACCUUUCGCAGGGGGAGGGUAUCGCCUCGGGGCUACUCCAGAGGAGGAGUCUGCUUAUGUGGCAGGAGAGAGGAGACAGAACUCUGCUCAGGACGUGCAUGUUGUACUGAAGCUCUGGAAGAGUGGAUUCAGUCUGGAUAGCGGAGAACUGAGGAGCUACCAGGAUCCGUCCAAUGCCCAGUUUCUUGAUGAUAUCCGCAGAGGGGAAGUCCCGGCAGAGCUGCGCAGGUUAGCACGGGGUGGACAAGUGAACCUGGAUAUGGAGGAUCACCGUGAUGAGGAGUAUGUGAAACCUAAAAGUGUCUUCAAAGCUUUUACUGGAGAAGGACAGAAGCUGGGCAGCACUGUGCCCCAGGUGAUGGGCACCAGCUCACCAGCCCAGCAGGCAGAGAAUGAAGCCAAAGCCAGUUCUGCCAUCGCUAUUGAUGAGUCGGAGCCCAUCACCAACAUCCAAAUCCGGCUUGCUGAUGGUGGGCGACUGGUCCAGAAGUUUAACCACAAUCACAGGAUCCGUGACAUCCGACUCUUCAUAGUAGAUGCUCGGCCAGCAAUGGCUGCCACCAGUUUCGUCCUCAUGACCACCUUCCCAAAUAAAGAGCUGACUGAUGAGAACCAAACCCUGAAGGAAGCCAACCUGCUCAAUGCUGUCAUUGUUCAGCGGUUAACAUAAAGGAACCCACCUCUCGCCACACGCCUGCCUGCAGCGCGCAUGUGUCGUCUCGUCCUGUGUGUGCACCUGUGCUGUGCAACACGGGCUCACAUCUACUCGUAGCUCUGGGUUCUUAGGUCUUGGUUGGACUUUUUUUCUCUUUAGUUGCAUUUCCCAUGGUUUUUUUUUGUUUUUUGUUUUUUUUGUGAUGAUGAUCAGUGGACUUCAAAAUAAAUAAAUGAAACGAAUCCAUUUUGAAAGGA